AUCGGUGUAUCUAUACGGCGGAGUACACGCUAAAACCGCGUGUUUACAAGACACGCUCUGCUGCAUGUGUCACUGUACGACACGCUGUGGCGUGGAGUUGAGUGAACGACUGUGUUGUUUUCACUAGUUCGGCUGUUUGCUUGACCCGCCCGGAUCUUAAUGCUCCCACGGCAGAACCUGUAGAGUCUCAUAACAAACCUGCAAAGAAAACCUGUCUAGAGACUUCUGGCUAAAUCUGCAAAGAAAACCUAUCUAGAGACUACUGGCUAAACCUGCAAAGAAAACCUGUCUAGAGACUACUGGCUAAACCUGCAAAGAAAACCUGUCUAGAGACUACUGGCUAAUCCUGCAAAGAAAACUAGCAGAUACAUGCCGAAGUAACAUUGGAAGCUGCAGUAUCAACCUGCACAGUAAAUCUGUCUAGAACUCCCAGAAAGACGGACACGGAAGAUGCAAUAUGUCGAAUCGCCGACCAGGCAACGUGUCAAAUCCAAACCAAAUGGCACAGGAGGGGCCGACCUUACGGGCGCUGACGUGGAAACAUUCACUGUGGAAGACGCCAUAGAGUCCAUCGGCUUUGGCUGGUUCCAGAUUAAAAUAUUUGUGGUCGGCAAACUUAUCGCGGCAGCUGACGCCAUGGAGAUGAUGAUACUGGCCGUGUUGUCUCCGCUGGUCAGGUGUGAGUGGCAGUUGGAGGAUUACAAGGUGGCCUUCAUUACAACGGCUGUUUUCAUGGGCAUGGGUAUUUCAGCGCCCUUGCUAGGCAUGAUGGGAGAUAACUACGGUAGAAAAACUGUUCUAGUGAUGAUCACGCUGUGGAUUGGCUACUUCGGCUUCAUGACGACCUUCAGUCCGUCCUACAGUUGGAUCGUUGUUCUCAGGGGUCUUGUUGGUCUUGGCAUGGGUGGGUCACAUCAGGGGUUCUCACUGAAUGCAGAAUACGUCCCAUCAAAAUACCGAGCCAAGCUACUCGUCUUUGGAACGAUAUUUUGGACGCUGGGGUCUGUGUUUGAGAUUAGCCUGGCCAUGGUGGUGGUCCCGUCCCUGGGCUGGAGGUGGCUGUUGGCCAUCUCGGCAAUCCCAGCUCUCGUCUGCUGUGUCGGGCUGCUUUUUAUACCAGAAUCUGCCAGAUUUCUUGCAGCUGCAGGUUAUAUUGAUAAUGCACUUACCAUUCUAAAGGAGGCAGCAAAAAUAAAUAAAAGCAAACUACCAGAAGGAAAGUUAGUACAAUCUUGUAAUAUUCCCUUGGGUCGGUUGAGAGACCUGUUCAGUCGGGAGUACCUGCGCUCCACCCUACAGCUGUGGAUGCUAUGGUUUGGUAUAGCCUUCACAUACUACGGCGUGUUACUUGCAAGUACAGAAAUUUUGAGAAUCAGAAAUGAAGAGAAAACUUCUCAUUGUAAGUGUUCAUACCUAACCUCUGAUGACUACACAACAAUGCUGCUCUCCUCCUUAGGAGAAUUAAUCAGCUUGCCCAUAAAUUUUAUUCUAAUGGACAAAAUUGGAAGGCGAUACACGGGCGCCAUCUGCUAUUUUGGAACUGGUUUCUUCUUUGUUCUAGUUCAACUCAAAGUCAGUUUAGGAGUUCUGACCAUGUUACUGUUCUUUGUCAGAGGUUUUGGCUCAGCUACCUUCUAUUUCACAUACAUUUAUUCAUCAGAGCUAUAUCCAACAUCUAUCCGAACAUUAGGCAUGGGCGUGGCAUCAGCCAUUGCUAGGCUGGGUGCCAUGAUAACACCUUUUAUAGCACAAGUUUUGUUAUCUACAUCUAUUGCUUCAGCAAUCUGGGUGUAUGGAGUUCUGUGUUUUCUCUGCAGCAUUUGUUGUUUACUGUUACCAAUCGAAACCAAAGGGAGGGCAUUACCACAAUCUUUAAGUCAGAUAAUACCGGAUGGCAUUGAAUUAAGUGAGUCAUCACCCCAGGUUCAAAGGUCAGACUCCAACAGCCAAGAUGGCAUCUCAACUGUAGAACUGGAAAGAAAAAAGCUGAAGGAGAAAACAGAAAACCAAAAGCAUUAUGACUAUGAAACAUGGGGUGGAGGGGAAAGUGAAAGCUGACCUGAAUGAUUAUGAAUAAUUAAAAAGUACAACUGAAAUAGGAUGAAAUCAAAUUAAGUAGAAGAAACAAACUGAAACAAAAGAAUUUUCAGAUUACCAGUUGGCUGUAUAAUUAUUAUUUGGAUUUUAAAAUAAAUUUAAAAUGAACUGUUAGGCUAAGAUAUAUUUAUAAAGACUUUAAGGCAAAAAAGAGAUACAACAUAAAUUUAAAAGUUAAAAAUAAAUUUUUGUAAAUGCAGGACAAAACUUCGAGUCAACAGAGAAGUUGUGAUUCAUCUAUGUAGCCCACAACUAGGAUAUAAGGUGUGAAUAAUGAUUUUACUUAAUCAAACUGUUAUUAUCCUGAUAUUUUAAAUUUUUAUACAGUAAUGGCGAAAGAGGAAUAUUUUUUUAAAUUUGUUCAGUCUUUCACAUUAUAUAUAAAUGCUAUGUAUGUGUAUAUGACCAUAUAAAUGUAUAAGUUUCCUAUUUGUGUGUGUUCAGGUGGAGCUUAAAUUUAAAAAAAAAUGACUGUCCUAAGACAGUAUAUAAACAAACAGGGUGACACUGUGCAUAUUGCUUUAAGUAAUGUUGGCCACAUUCAGUGACUUAACAGUUACCUUGGAUUAUAACAGCAGCCAGUUAACUGAAAUUGUGUAUACUUAUCAACUUGAAUGCGAAGGUUUUAGUACUUGUACAAAAUGUUCAUUUUCAAUAUAUAUGUAUAUUUAUUAAAACUAUUACCACAUCUCUCUUUCAGACAUACCCAAAGUGGGUGGGGGGGGGGGGGUUGGAGACUAAAGUUUAUACUUUUUAAAUAAAUUAUAUAUUUUUUUUCUUUUGUGAGAGUUACAACCCCCCUCCCUCCCUGCCCAGAAAGAUGCCUGAAAGAAACAAUGCACAUCUUCCAGACAAAUGGACUGAAACCAGGACUGAGAUGUAGUGUUUUAGUUGUUUCCCUUGUGUAAAAUUAAGAUAUAGUUCUAGGCAUGUAUAUAAUUAUGUUAAUAAAACUGAAUAUAAGGGCUACAAACUCAUAGGAAAUCCUGCUUCAUUCCCUUAGUUUAGAUUUACAGAUUUACCAAGUUUUUUUUUUUUUCAAAUUUUUUUUUUUUACAUGCAUACUAAAAGCCGUGAAUAAUUGUUUUAAUUAUGCUGCACUGUUAAAAUAAGGGAAAUAGAAUUAAGGUGAAUAUUGUAUUAAAAAUAAACCAUUAAUUGAA